AUGGGCCUCCUCUCCUUCAUCGGCUCCCCAGCCGUAUUGAUCCUCCCCACGGCAGUUCUCCUCUACUUCCUCGCCCUCUGGAUCCUCUCAAGCAGAAGACCACCCAACUUCCCCCCCGGUCCCACCCCGGUCCCGAUCCUCGGCAACGUCCACCAGAUCCCACCCACAAAGCCCUUUAUCAAGUUCCACGAGUGGGCACAAGCCUACGGCGACAUUGUGGGCAUCAAGGUCGGCGCUGAAAACUACGUCAUCCUCUCGAGCGCCGAGCACGUCAGGGAACUCUUUGAGAAGCGCGGCGCGCUCUACUCGGACCGGCCGCAGCCGUACAUCACGUCCAAGCUCAUCAACCCGGGCACGAUUCUGUUUAUGAAUAACGAUCCUUCCAUCAAGAAGACGCGCACGGCGCUGCGGAACCAUUUGCUCGGCCCUGCCGAGCUGGGCCGCGUCGUGCCGGUCCAGGCGGCGCACGCGGCGCUGCUGAUGAGGAGGAUCCUGGAGGACCCGGGGGCGUUUCAUACGCACUUGAGGCAUUGGGCGUUGGCUACGCCGCUCUCUGUGGUGAGUGGGCAGAGGGUGGUGGAAGGGGAGGGCCGGACGGCGUCGACGGGGGCGUAUUUUGCUACGCAGGAUGUGUGGUUGCGGUUCCUUACGCCCGCGCAGGCGCCGCCGGUCGAGCUGUUCCCCGUGAUGAAGUACCUCCCCGCGUUCGCGGCCGGGUGGAAGAGGGAGGCGGCGGCGCUGAAGGCGGGGAUGAGGCGGACAAUGUAUCACAUGCUCGAGGGCGCCCGGGCGCAGGCCGGCGAGAUUGCGGGCGGGAGACGGGGCCGGGAGACGGAGUCGCUGAUGGCUGGGAUGAUUCGGGACGGGGGGGAGGCGGGGGGAGGUGAGACGGCGGUCAAGGGGGCGCGGUUUGGGGACCACGAGCUUGCGGUUCUGGGGGCGGGGACGCUGGAUGCUGCUGUUGAUACGGUGAUUGCGACGACGGGGACUUUGGUGCUCAUUAUGGGGGCGUAUCCGGAGGUGCAGAGGAGGCUUCAGGAGGAGGUUGAUGCUCUUUGGCCGGGGGAGGCGCCUGGGUUUGAGGAUCUGGACAAGGCGAAGUAUAUGCGGGCAUGUCUCACCGAGGCCAUGCGCUGGCGCAGCGCCGCGCCCUCGGGGGUGCCUCGCGUCCUCGCGAGGGAGGACGUCUACCGCGGCUUCACGUUUCCCCAGGGCACGACGUUUCUGCUCAACACGUACGGGAUCCACAAGGACGAGAGGUGGUACGACCGGCCAGACGAGUUUGUGCCGGAGCGGUACCUGGCGAACCCGUGGGGCGUGCGGCCGGCGAUGGCGGCGGCGGCGGCGCGGGACAAGAGGCACGCGACGUAUAAUUUCGGGGCCGGGCGGCGGAUGUGUCCCGGGCUGGAAUAUGCCGAGAACCAGAUUUUGAUGACAAUGGCCAAGUUGGCGUGGGAGUUUACUGUUGUUCCGGCCGCCGCCGAGGGGGUCGGCCGGCUGGAUACGAGCAUUGAGACUGGGUUUCAUUCUGAUCUUGUCAUGGGGCCGGAGCGGUUCGAGGUGGAUUUUGUGCCCAGGGGCGAGGAGAGGCGGAGGGCGAUUUUGGAGGAUGCGGAGAGGGCGGAGAAGGUUGUUGAGGCUUGGGUUGGUUAG